GCCUUGGAGCCCACGGGCCUCCAAGCGAUCGGCGCUGCUCGCCGCCCGGGCACCGAGUGCAGCACCGUCAGCUUUGUUGGUAGCAAAGGAUAUACCUUCGGUAUCAACAAAGUGGAUGAGCACAACGGGCUCCUGACAGCUGAGAAGGACAAGGCCUAUCGCAUCUCCACGGACGGCAGCUACCACAAGGGUCACUGGAACACGGUCCUGGGUGAUCAGGAAAUCCCCCAAUCGGGACGAUCCUAUUGGGAGGUGAAAUUUGUGAAGAAACCAACCGAUGCCUUUGAGUUCAUAGGUGUGGCCGAGCCCUCUGCAGAUGUGCCGGUGGCCCAGACCAUGCCGUUGCAUAAGAAUCGCAAGGGCAAGGGAUGGUUCUGGGGCGGCGAUGCCAAUGAGGCUUUUGUCUACACCUUCAUGGAGCUCAAACCCGGCAUGAACGACCGCAAGAUGGCAGGGCGGCAGCUGCCGGCCAUCAGCCCGAGAAGCUCCAGCUCGAGCCCACGCAAAGAGGUCAAGGGAGAGAUUCAACUUCCAGCCUUGCGAGACUUCAGCAUGGCCUCCACGACCAAACGUAUGCGAGCUUUGGCAGAAAAGCAGGCAGAAUUGAAGCGGCAGAUCCAGGAGGCGCGCUCCUGCGAGACGCCACCCCCAGAGCUGCGAAUUCGACCGGACCCGCCCAGCUGGAGCAAAGGCAGUGGCAAGGGCGGUGCGAUCUAUGCCCCUCGUGAAGCUUCAGGCCCCUGGUGGCUGCCGGACCACACGCAGCGAGCCAAGGCGGCGGAGGCCGCCAGGGCAGAGCCAGAGAAGCGUGGCAUUCCCGGCUUUCGUGCGCGGCAUCAGAAGAUGAAAGCUGAAUGGUCUGAGAAGUGGAAUUCUGCCAAGGAGGAGGAGUGGGGUGAAGAAGAUUGGGGUGAAGAAGGUUGGGAUGAAGAUGGUUGGGACGAGGGCGGAGACUGGGAAGAAGCUUGGUGA